UGACGUUGUCGUCGACCAACCCGGAAGCUUCGUUGCCUUCGCAAGAGGUUGCAGGAAUCUGGUUCCCUUUUUCAUUUUUCUUCUGCUGGGGGGUCUGCAAUUUCCCGCCUGCCUCCGCCGGGCCAGUGCGUGGAAUCGGCGCAAAGCAGCGAACGGCUUCAUACAAAAGCUGGUACAUCUUCCGUGGAAGGAGUAAGCGUCUACAGAAGUUUCAAGACAUAGUUACCUGAUUGGGAACAAAAACAGAGCAGCACUGGCUGAAGGCAUCUUAACAUGGGGAACCUUCUUAAAGUUUUGACAUGCACAGACCUUGAACAGGGACCAAACUUUUUUCUUGAUUUUGAAAAUGCUCAGCCUACAGAAUCAGAAAAAGAAAUUUAUAAUCAGGUAAACGUAGUGUUAAAGGAUGCAGAAGGAAUCCUGGAAGACUUACAGUCAUACAGAGGAGCUGGUCAUGAAAUACGAGAGGCAAUACAGCAUCCCACAGACGAGAGGCUGCAAGAGAAGGCGUGGGGUGCAGUCGUCCCCCUAGUGGGCAAACUAAAGAAAUUCUAUGAAUUUUCUCAGAGGCUAGAAGCUGCUUUACGAGGUCUCCUUGGGGCCCUGACAAGCACUCCAUAUUCUCCCACACAGCACCUGGAGCGAGAGCAGGCUCUUGCUAAACAGUUUGCAGAAAUCCUUCAUUUCACGCUUCGGUUUGAUGAGCUGAAGAUGACAAAUCCUGCAAUUCAGAAUGAUUUCAGUUAUUACAGAAGAACCUUAAGUCGUAUGAGAAUCAACAAUGUCCCAGCAGAAGGGGAAAAUGAAGUAAACAAUGAAUUGGCCAACAGAAUGUCUUUAUUUUAUGCUGAGGCGACACCAAUGUUGAAAACCUUAAGUGAUGCCACAACAAAAUUUGUUUCGGAGAACAAGAAUUUACCUAUAGAAAACACCACAGAUUGCUUAAGCACUAUGGCCAGUGUUUGCAGAGUCAUGCUGGAAACCCCGGAAUACAGAAGCCGGUUCACAAAUGAGGAGACAGUAUCAUUCUGUCUGAGGGUAAUGGUGGGUGUUAUAAUCCUCUACGACCACGUGCAUCCGGUGGGUGCUUUUGCAAAAACUUCAAAAAUUGAUAUGAAAGGAUGCAUCAAAGUUCUCAAAGACCAGCCUCCAAACAGUGUAGAAGGCCUUCUAAAUGCUCUCAGGUACACAACAAAACAUUUGAAUGAUGAGACUACCUCCAAGCAAAUUAAAUCUAUGUUGCAAUAACAGUUACCUGGAAAGUAUGUCCCUGCUGUAAACAGUAUUCUGCAAUGACUGAGAUGCACAGAUUUUUUUUUUAAGUGAUUGCAACUACUAUCUUGUUCAGUCUUGCUUUCAGUUCCCCCCCCCCCCAUGUCCUCUCUUCCAUAAAAAAGAAAAAAAGCACGUUCUUGUUCUUGGGUAAGCUGAUAACUUCUUUUCUGUGCCAAAAUCAAUGAAAUUUAUCAUCUCUGGAAGGUAAUUUUUUUACUUUUCAGAAUCGCCAUUAAAUAUGGCAGCUAAUUCUGCAUUGCGUUUUGGAUUUCUCUAUAUGAGAGAAAGUUCUGUGACUUGAACUAAAUAUUUUUAAACGUGGUUUUUUUUUCUUUUUGUUUUUGAAAAACUAAUAUUUAAUAUUGCUUCUUGUGCAUGGCAAAACUGCCUAUUUCUGCUAUUUAAAAAAGAAAGAAAUCCUCGGUGACUUCAUUUUCUAUUGCAGCUUUUUUAUGUGCAACCAGGAGGAAACUUAAAAGCAGAUUUGUUUAAAUUAACUGUGUUUGUACAAAUGGUACCCAACACAAAGAUUUUUUUUAAGAAAGAAACUAGUAAAAAUUGUUUGUUUUAAAAAAAAGUUCAGUUUGCAUUUUGACUCAUUUUUGUAAGGAUGUAUGUUGUAUGUUUAAUAACUAAUGUUUUUCCAAAAAAAAAAAAAGUGGUGUGUGCGUAGCCAAAUUGCGUAUGCAUGUUUGUGUCAAAGGAUUGGCUGUGGAAACAACAAUAAAAUUCAGCUUUCAUUUU